UAAAAACUGAAAGCAGUCGAAAAAAUUGUCAACUUAUUAUUUGUUUUUAGGCUUUGUUUGGACUUUGUAUUAAGUUGGAAGAGUAAAAAAUAAUAUUAAUCAAAGUGAUAAUUAUAAAUUAACCGCCAUUAGCGAGAUUAUUUUAAAGAAAAAAAAAAGAAAUUUGAUUCUCUUAAUGAUUUGAUAGAAACAAAUCCGAAAACAGCAGAGAGAAGAAAGUGAAACUGCUUUAGAAGAAGAAAAGGCAGAACUCUGCUGCUUCUGCUUGUUCCUCCUCAAAAUUCAAAAAGUCUAUGAGGGAGACGUGAUUGAAUUGAAUCUCCUUUCUCUAUAAAAGAAGACCACCAACCUUUGAUUUCUUAAGCGGUUAGAUAAUUCAACACCUGUCCUAAGAUCAAAGCUUUCGCCUUUUUUUACACGAGUUUACUGAAUUGAAUCAAAGUGGUUUAGUUGUCUGAUGGGGACAGGGAACUCAAAGGAGAAUUGGAGACAGGAGUCUUCAUCAUCGUCUAGGUCAGCUUCUUCACCUUCAGCAGCAUCUUCUUCUUCAUGGGCUUCUCAUCAAAGCUAUCCUCAAUACGGUCCUGAUAGCUAUACUUAUCCUCCUACACCUUCAUAUGCUCCUCCACCUCCUGAGUAUACACACCCUCCUCCUUCACCUUCAUACACCACUCAGCCUUACUCUCAACCUCCGCCUUCUCAAAGCUUUGGCAAUAAUAAGAAGAGGUUGGAGCGGAAGUACUCCAAAAUCUCUGAUGAGUACUCCUCUUUAGAGCAGGUGACGGAGGCUCUUGCAGGUGCUGGUCUAGAAUCUUCUAAUCUCAUUGUUGGUAUUGAUUUCACCAAGAGCAAUGAAUGGACAGGAGCCAGGUCCUUUAAUAGGAAAAGCCUACACUUCAUAGGCAACAGUCCUAAUCCUUACGAACAAGCGAUUACUAUCAUAGGAAGAACCUUAGCCGCCUUUGACGAGGAUAACUUGAUCCCAUGCUACGGUUUUGGAGAUGCGUCGACGCAUGAUCAAGACGUGUUUAGUUUCAAUCCUGAUGAUAGGUUCUGUAAUGGGUUUGAGGAAGUGCUUGGUCGGUAUAAAGAGAUUGUCCCUCAGCUUAAGCUAGCAGGGCCCACCUCAUUUGCUCCGAUCAUUGAUAUGGCCAUGACCAUUGUCGAGCAGAGUGGCGGCCAGUAUCACGUCUUAGUGAUAAUAGCAGACGGGCAGGUUACAAGAAGUGUUGACACUGAAAAUGGGCAGUUAAGUCCGCAAGAACAGAAGACUGUGGAUGCUAUCGUGCAAGCAAGUAAGCUUCCUCUAUCAAUAGUCUUAGUUGGGGUUGGUGAUGGACCAUGGGACAUGAUGAGGGAGUUUGACGACAACAUUCCCUCCAGAGCUUUUGAUAACUUCCAAUUUGUGAACUUCACAGAGAUAAUGUCAAAGAACAAAGCUCAGUCCUUUAAAGAAACAGAGUUUGCUCUUUCUGCUCUCAUGGAGAUACCUCAACAAUACAAGGCGACAUUAGAGCUUAACCUUCUAGGAAGAAGGAAUGGGUAUAUACCGGAACGAUUCCCUCUUCCACCUCCAAUGCAUGGUGGAUACAACAAGCCAAAGGCUACUCCUCGUGUUUCAAGUUUCAAUCCGAGUGUACCUCCUUAUCCAACUGAAAGCUAUUCAGUAAGGUCUAGUCCUGCACCGCCAGCUACUACAACCUCUGCUUCUGAUAACCAGCUAUGUCCGAUUUGUCUGAGCAACCCUAAAGACAUGGCCUUUGGUUGUGGCCAUCAGACAUGCUGCGAGUGUGGACCGGAUCUUCAAAUGUGUCCCAUUUGCCGUGCACCAAUCCACACAAGAAUAAAGCUCUACUAGCCUUCAAGCAAGUAGACCAAGAUCCACAACCUUCUUACAGUUUCUUUUGGGGAUGUAAUCACUGAGCUUCCUCCACCGAGAAAGAUGGGAUCUUCUUUCUGUAAAAAGAAAAGUAAUACGUUAGUUUGUUCGUUGAUUCACUUUCCUAACUUUGAUCUUUGAAUUCUUUCAUUCUUCUUUGCUUGGAGUAAAUGUUGUUGUCAGUGUGUAGUCCUAAGUCUACCAUCGUUUUGUUUUCUGCUCUUUUGGUGAUUGUUUCUGAUAAAUUUGAUUCUUGAAAUUGAUUGUAGUGACGGUUUACACUUAUCCA